AGUCGCGAAUUUGGAGUCGCGAAAAGUGAAUUUGAAUUUGACUGCAGACAAGCGACAGACGCGACUUGUGCAACGGCCAACGCACUCUGCAUACCCAAUUGCAAAGGCACCAGCCAUGAACGACCUCCCAGUCUUCCAGGAUGAGGUGUUUCUGACGCGUGUGCGUACUUUCGAGGAGUACCUCGACCAUACUGCAACAAGCACAUACAGCGCAGACCAGGUCAACUACCGCGAUGCCAUUUUGCGCAUGCUCAAUACACAAUCACGAAGGCUCGUCGUCAACCUGGAUGAGAUUCGCGACUAUAAUCGGGAACUCGCGCGAGGAAUCCUCAUGAGCCCUGCUGAAUACCUCCCAGCCUUUGACAAGGCUCUCAAGAACGUUGUCCUGACUUUGCGCGACCCGACACGCCACAAAGUAGACGACCAACCUUUUUACGUUGCCUUUGCUGGCUCCUUUGGGGAAAACCACGUCAACCCCAGGACAUUGCGUGCCAUGCAUCUUGGCCGCCUCAUAUCGAUGGAAGGUAUCGUCACGCGAUGCUCCCUUGUGCGGCCCAAGGUGGUCAAGUCUGUCCAUUACUGCGAAGCCACAAAAGAGUUCCUAUCACGCGAAUAUCGAGAUGCGACUAUGGGCGAUGGCAUUGCAGGACCGAGUGUCUAUCCGACAGAAGACCGUGACGGCAACAAACUCACGACCGAAUACGGUUACUCUACUUACCGUGAUCAUCAGACCAUCAGCAUUCAAGAGAUGCCUGAACGUGCACCAGCUGGUCAGCUGCCUAGAAGUAUCGACGUGAUCAUGGAUGAUGACUUGGUUGAUCGAUGCAAGCCUGGAGACCGUAUCCAGCUGGUGGGUGCCUAUCGAUCUUUGGGAGGAGGCAACGGCUCUGUUGCUGGGACAUUCACGACGCUCCUACUUGGCAAUCAUGUUGUCCUCCUCUCGAGCAAGUCAGGAGGUGGUAUUGCACAGCAACAGAUGUUUGAUCUUGAUAUCCGCAACAUCAACAAGAUUGCAAAGAAGAAGAACAUCUUUGAGCUUGUCUCUCAGUCCUUGGCACCCAGUAUUUACGGUCAUGACUACAUCAAGAAGGCUAUUCUGCUCAUGUUGCUCGGAGGUAUGGAAAAGAACCUCGACAACGGUACCCAUAUCCGUGGUGACAUCAAUAUUCUCAUGGUGGGUGACCCCUCGACUGCGAAAUCUCAGAUGCUGCGAUUCGUCCUCAAUACAGCACCACUGGCCAUUGCCACUACUGGCAGGGGUUCGUCUGGUGUGGGUUUGACUGCAGCUGUCACAACCGACAAGGAGACUGGCGAACGUCGAUUGGAAGCCGGUGCCAUGGUGCUCGCUGAUCGUGGCGUUGUGUGCAUCGACGAGUUUGACAAAAUGUCUGAUGUCGAUCGAGUCGCCAUUCACGAAGUGAUGGAGCAACAGACAGUGACCAUUGCCAAGGCUGGAAUUCACACUAGUUUGAAUGCGCGAUGCUCAGUCAUUGCUGCUGCCAAUCCCGUCUAUGGACAAUAUGAUGCGCACAAAGACCCUCACCGCAAUAUUGCAUUGCCGGAUUCGCUUCUUUCGCGGUUCGACUUGUUGUUUGUUGUUACCGAUGAUAUCGACGAUGCACAAGAUCGUCGCAUCUCGGAGCACGUCUUGCGCAUGCAUCGCUACCUGGCUCCUGACAUGGAAGAAGGCCAACCCGUGCGUGAAGAUGGCGGCCAAUUGCUUGGCGUUGGAGGCACAGAUACUUCCACAGAGGCUGAACAGGCCUCACCCGUCUUUGAAAAGUACAAUCAGAUGCUGCACGCUGGUGUAACUUAUACGAAUCGUCGCUCAAAGCAAAAAGAGGUGUUGUCCAUGGCUUUUGUCAAGAAGUACAUCCAAUAUGCAAAAACGCGUAUUCGACCUGUCCUGUCCAAGGGAGCAGCCGACCACAUUGUCUUGACGUAUGGUAACUUGCGAAACGACGAAUUGGGCGCGAAUCAACGCAAAACAGCCCCAAUGACUGCACGUACGCUCGAGACGCUCAUUCGACUUGCAACGGCGCAUGCCAAAGCGAGAUUGUCGAAUCGUGUGGAUCCGCGCGAUGCUGAGGCUGCAGAGGAAAUCUUGAGGUUUGCUUUGUUUAAGGAGGUCGUGCAAGUAGACCGGCGGAAACGUCGACGAACGACACCAGAGGGUGGCGAAGCGAUGGACGAGGAUGACUCGGAGGAUGAUGAGGAAGAAGAGGAGGAAGUCGCACCACAAAGUCAACGAAGCACAAGACGUGCAAGAGCUGCUGCGGCGUCCUCUGCUCCUGUUGCAGACGCUGCUUCUGAUGAUGAGAUGGAUGGACCUGCCACUGCGGCCGCUGACGAGGAGGACGAGGAGGAAGAAGAGGCUGCGGCGCCUUCCAGCGGACCCGUGCUUAGCGAUGCGCGGUACAAGCAAUUCGAAAAUCGCCUUGCACAGCUCAUCAGCACUCCGGUGUUUGCGGACGACACAUGCACAACAGAAGAUCUGCUGCCGGAGAUGAACAAGACGCUGCCGGCCUCGGACUUGUUUAGUGCUGGUGAAAUGGCGGUUGCCCUGGAGAAGAUGACUGCCCUCAACAAGAUAUUUGCGUCUGGUGGUGUCGUGUACAAGGUAUAGACUGCAUGUUUCUGUGUCCCUAGCCCAGGCCUGCUCUUCUCUUGCACUGAGUUGUAUCUGAUUGUAUUCAGUUGUCUCUACUAUUAAUUCCGCUGACUCAUCCCCU